AUGAGUGCUUACUUCAUUUGCAACUUUGUUAGUGUUUUCAAUGUGUCUUUGCUUCGGCAAAUUGUUGAUUUUUGUGGCUAUGAGGAACGUUGUAGUAGUAUUAUUGGCGAAUCUUGUGGCUACGGGAUUUCCCGUAGUAAUGUCGCCAAUGAUAAUUGUAGCUACGCGUUUCGCCAUAGUAAUAUUGUUUUAAAAUUGGCUCUGUUCCUCGGAACAGUGUUUACUCUUUUUAAUAUUGGACGGAAGAUCAUAUCUCUGUGGAAUGGAAACCCUGAACUGACGUCACCCGACGUCAGUGAAAUCAUCCCACUCGACAAUAACAUUCCUAACGACUAUAGCAACGCAGUAUCGGCUUUGAAGGAAGUCUACGACAAGAACUUGGAAAAUCUCGAGACGGAAAUUCAACUGCUUACAAGAGAAAAUUCUCGUCUGCGAGCGACGCUGAUUAAGAAGGAAAAUUUGUUUGAUGAAAUGACUGAAAACCUCGACAGUGUCAGACGAAGAGUUCUCGACGAUUUCAAAGGAAGAAUGGACAGCCUGGAUAAGGAAAAUAGUCUAUUGAAAAGGGAACAGCUGGAGCGACUUCAAGAGGCUGAAGAGUAUGAACAAAUAAUAGGCCGCUUGGAAAAGGAGGUCCAGGCUUUGGAAAACGAAAAGGAAAAGGAACUUCGCGAUCUCAUGGAGGAAAUCCGAGGUCUUCGAGGAGAAAAUAUGGACAAGGAAAAAGUGAUUGAAAAUCUGAAAGGAAACAACAUUCAUUGUGAAGAGCUAAUAAACGGUUUGCAGGAAGAGGUCAGGAAUCUCAGAAGACAGAACACCGAAAUGGAGAUCAAUAUGGAAGGGAAAAUAGAAGACCUGGAAGAAGAAGUCCAGAAAUUAGCUGAGGAAAAAAAGGAAAUGGAAGGCAAUGCUCAUCGUCUUAUGCUUGAGCUCAGUAAUCUUCAUGUGGAAAAGGACGUCCAGAUAGUUAUGUGCAGGCAAGAAGUGAUAGAAAAGGAAGCAAAAAUAGAAGAUCUGGAGAACAGAGUCCAGAAUUUACUUGAAGACAACGAAAAAUUUAAAAAUGAAAUGCAAAACCGAGUAAAUGACCUUAGUCAAGAGCUCAAUAAACAGCAGGAUCUGAAUAAAGAGGAGCUUGAAAAGUUUGAAAAAGAAGUAUUCGAAUUUAGACAAAUGAUUCAGGGUCUGGAAAAUGAGAUCGUCUCGUUGAUGGAAGAAAAGGAGAGCCUAAAAAUUAAUAUGGAAAUGGAAAUAACCGACCUUCAAUCACUGAAUAUGGAGAAGGAUGAGCAGCUGGAAGAAUAUAAAAAAGAAGUAAUUGAAUGUGGACGAACGAUUGAAGGUCUGGAAGAUGAGGUCGUCUCCUUGAUGGAAGAAAAGGAGAGCCUGAAAACUAAAAUGGGAAUGGCAAUAACCGACCUUCAAUCUCUAAACAUGGAGAAGGAUGAGCAGCUUGAAGAAUUUAAGAAAGAAGUAAUUGAAUUUGGACGAACGAUUGAAGGUCUGGAGAAUGAGAUUUUUGUCUCCUUGGAUGAAGAAAAGAGGCCUGAAAACUAA